AUGGCAGCUUCAUGGAGAGAAUGGAAGAAGAUCAGUGGGAUACUGGAAGUGUAUGAGAGGGCAUCAGGGCAAAAGCACAAAACAACUAUCCUUUUUAGUCCUAUAGUUGGUGCUGAGUUAAGGGCGGAUAUCAUCAAGGAUUGUGAGGCUAGAGUUCAAAAUAAUUGUGAGAGGUAUCUUGGUAUGCCAAUCAUGGUUGGCAGGUCAAGAUAUCAUGCUUUUAGCAAAAUCAAGGAUCGGGUUUGGCAGAAGUUGAGCAAUUGGAAAAACCAGUUUUUGUCUCCUUCAGGUAAAGAAGUGCUAUUAAAGGCAGUUAUUCAAGCUAUCACAACGUAUUAUAUGAGUGUUUUCAAAUUGCCAAAGAAGUUAUGUCAGGAGAUUGCAUCUCUUAUGGCAAAAUUCUAG